AUGGCACAGAAAAGAUCACAUCCAGAAGUUAUGCCAACGAUUCCAGAAACCUUCCACUCGGCGAAAAUCCACGAACAAACCUCCUCCUUCAUCGGCUGUUUCUCGCCCACACUCUCGGCCCCUGUUCUGCAACGGGUACCAGAGUUUCGCACAGCGACACACAGAAUUGCAGCAUGGCGCAAGCCCUCGCGCCAGAAAUCUCUGGAUCCAGCCAAACCGCUUUUUGACGCUAGUCACGAUGACGACGGCGAGUCGUGGGCAGGCACCCGUCUUGCACGCGUGCUGAAUGACACGCAGGUCGUCGGCACCGUUGUAGUAGCACGCUGGUACGGUGGCCAAAACAUCGGGCCUGUAAGGUUUACGCACAUUGAGAAUUGUGCCAAGGAAGCGAUCUGGAAGUGGAAGGUUGCGACGGCAGAAGCCGAGAAGGAGGGGGCGGCGAAGAAGCAGAAGAUGAAUGAUGAGGCGAAGAAGAAAGAGUUGAUAGAAGAGUUGACACAGAGGGAUCAUAGUAUUUUUGCCCUUAGGAAGUUGCUAGCGGAAAAGAAGGCGCGGCUGAGUGGGGAGGAGACAGUACCAGUCACGCCGCAGAAGGGGAUGGAGUAUGCCAAGACGGGAGUGGACGUAUUGAAGAGGUUGGAUAAAGCGAGAGAUGCGACGAUCGCAGCGAUUUUGAAACAAAUGGACAAGGCGGAUGAGGACUUGAAGUUGCUGGAGGGACUGGAUGAUGAUGCGCUGGGAGAUGUUGAAGGAAUCAUUACGCCAGAGAUCCAGCCUGAUGAGUUGGAUAAAGUCGCAAAGGCGCCGAGUGCAGAUGUUCAGGACACCGCUGACAGUACCAAGGAGGACACGAAGGGAGAGGUUGUGUCCCACGAUCCAGUCGACACGAAUGGUUGA